GGGAGCAGGGACGCUGUCGUUCUCGCUUUCUCUCUCUUUCUGCGUGCUUGUGACUGUGUGUAUGAGUCCAAAACUCCCAGGCAAUCCAAUCCGUUUCUCUCUCUAGUUCUCUGUUGAGACGGCCCCAUUUGAUCGGAGCCUCUCAUUCCCUGUGCCCAAUUACUGCGUAGUCGGUUCUCGUCCGGUUUGGUCUUGUCCAUACAAUGGAGCGGUACGGCCGGGCGAGUGACGAGUCGCAGUCCGAUCCGUCGCCGGAAUGGACUGGAACCGGAGGCGAAACAGGGCUUGAAGAAUCUAUGCGGCAAUUGGGAUUGGUUGGUGGGGAAUCGUAUCCACAACGGCCCUAUGAGGCAGAUUGUAUCCACUAUUUGAAGACAGGGUUUUGUGGCUAUGGCUCACGGUGUCGGUUCAAUCAUCCCCGUGACCGUGGCGCGGUUAUAGGAGCUUUGAGGACUGUUAUGGAGUAUCCAGAGCGAGUCGGCCAGCCUGUAUGUCAGUAUUAUAUGAGGACACGAUCUUGCAAAUAUGGUGCUUCAUGUAAGUACCACCAUCCUAGGCAGGAAGGAGGAGUUGCUCCUGUUCCACUUAAUUAUUAUGGAUACCCAAUGCGACCGGAUGAGAAAGAGUGUUCGUAUUAUGUGAAAACAGGACAAUGCAAGUUUGGCACAACUUGUAAGUUUCAUCACCCACAGCCUGCUGGUGUUCAAGUUCCUGCGCCAUUACCAGUUCCCCAAGCUUCAACUCUACCUGUACGAGUACCUUCACCAUUCUAUCCACAUAUGCAGCCUCCAUCUGGUCCUUCAUCACAACAAUAUGGUGUAAUGGUUGCAAGACCACCUCUGCUACCAGGGUCAUUAGUCCAAAAUCCUUACGGGCCUGUGGUCAUGUCCCCUGUCCCUUUUUCAGGCUGGAAUCCUUAUCAGGCUCAUACAAGCCCAGCAGUUCCUUCUAGUACUCCCUCUAAUGUUGGCUCAACGCACCUUUAUGGAAAUACCCAGCUACCUUCACCCGCACCUCCCUAUACUGCACUUUACCAGCCUUCGGGUUCCUCAUUUGGCCCCUUGAGCACCAGUCAGAGAGAACAGCAUUCAUUUCCAGAAAGACCUGGUCAACCAGAAUGUCAGCAUUACAUGAGAACAGGGGAGUGUAGAUUUGGUCCUUCCUGCAGAUAUCAUCAUCCACCUGAAUUGAUUAUACCAAAUGUGAAUGUGGUCCUUAGUCCUGUUGGUCUUCCUAUGCGCCCGGGCGCACCACCUUGCAUCCAUUAUGAGCAGCGAGGGGUAUGUAAGUUUGGUCCUGCAUGCAAGUUUGAUCAUCCUAUGGGAGCACUGACUUACAGUCCAUCUGCUUCUUCCCUUGUUAAUGUGCCUGUUGUAUCCAUUCCUGUGGGUUCAUCCAUCAGUACUCCUGCACGAUCAUCCUCGUCAUCAGAGCUGCGGCCUGAACUCAGCCCUGGUUCAAGCAUGGAGCAUGGAUCAUUCAGAAUAUCUUCAUCAAUGAGCACAUCCACUGGAUCAGCAGGCUUGGCUUUGUCAUCUGGUGGAACUGUUUCUCAGUCAAAUACUCAAACAUCCACCCAAAGUUCUGUUCCGGUAGUGACUUCCACGAUCACGACAACAAGCAGCACUGUUUCUCAUACCCCAAGCUAAGCAAUGUGAAUGCAUACCUUCAUUUUUACUCCUUUUUUUUAAUCCCAAUUCUUAAAGGGGACAUCAUUAUUCAAGGGAUUCCUCAGAUAGGUUUUGUUUUUCAGCUAUCCCUGUUCCACAGGUCUAGAACACAUCAGCACCUCUUGUCUUGGUUGAUAAUCUUAUAGUAUUUUUCAUGGCCAUCCAAUUGAUCUUGAAUAAACCAUGGCCA